AAUUCCCACCUUGAAAAUGUAUAUAAGGACCAUGCCUCCUGUUGUUAAGGGCAGCCAAAGCGGGAUUUGUAGCGUCCAAGGGUGACACAGACUUUUUACUCUGAAGGGGACCCACGCCGUACAGGGACUGAGGCCGGAAUUAAACCUCCCGCAUCGCCGGGUAAAAGUAUUACGUCACGUGAUGCGGGCCGGCCCCGCCUACUGCCCAAAAACAGCAAAACCAAGGGAUGGAACUGGCGCCUAUCACGCUUCCGGUCACGCGGUGGUCAGUGACUCCGGAACCGGAAGCUUACUCCGGAAGUGGCUCUCGGUGAGGAAGAAGAAGCGCACUCAGCAGGGGUUUGCAGUGAAGGCGUUUGGGAGUCGGGCUGUGUAAAUCAACGAGCGUGGCUGCGGAAGUGCCAAGCUUUGCAGGGCUCCGGCCGCCUGAACUCCCGUACCCUAAGGCGGACACUCUACAUCUUCCGCCGGUGGUGCGCGCCUCAGGGAGUGGAGCUUGCUUGCUCUACACGCUGCUUCCUGUGUGAGGAUAUCAGUGAAAAAGCCCUAGUCCCAGGCACAGACACGGGCAUAAAUAUGGACGUGAGCUUUACGGGGCUGCCACCAGUUGAUCAGAAACACAGGAGUGGACAGACCGAGGCCGCAGUACUGACUUGCUCAUUGUGCCGACAGGACUUGCAAUAGGUGGGAGCCUGGCUCCUACCCUGCCAGCAUUUGCUCUGUAAGGACUGCUUCCAGGGCCUGACCCAGGAGCUAUGGCAGGUUGCCAAGGCUCGAGGGACUGUCUCAGAUGAGUUCAUCUCCUGUCCUGGGUGUAAGCAAGUAUACCUUACCAGGGAUGUAACUGAACAUUUCUUUCUGCACUGCUUUUCUGCCGGGCAAUCCAAGAUGGCCAGGAACUGCUCUGAGUGCAAGGAGAAGAGGGCGGCACACAUCCUCUGUACCUACUGCAACCGCUGGCUGUGCAGCUCCUGCACGGAGGAGCACCGGCAUGGCCCCAUCCCCGGGGGGCCGCUCUUCCCGCUGGCCCAGAAGGGAUCCCCAGGAGUGAAUGGUGGUUCUGGGGACUUCGCCUUGUACUGUCCUCUCCACACACAGGAAGUGCUCAAGCUCUUCUGCGAGACCUGUGAUGUGCUCACCUGCCAUAGCUGCCUCAUGGUGGAACACAAGGAGCACAGGUGCAGACAUCUUGAAGAAGUUCUACAAAACCAGAGGAUGCUUCUGGAAAGUGUGACUACACAGGUGGCUCAUAAGAAAUCCAGUCUACAGACUUCUGCAAAGCAAAUCGAGGACAGGCCCUCACAGGAGGGAAGGGCUCACCAUGCUAUGUUCCAUCCUGUUUACAGGAUUUUUGAGGUGAAGCAUCAGCACAGGAAGGUGGAAAACCAGAUCAAAAUGGCCAAGAUGGUUCUGAUGAAUGAGCUGAACAAGCAGGCCAACGGGCUCAUAGAAGAGCUGGAGGGCAUUACUAAUGAGAGAAAACAGAAGCUGGAACAGCAGUUACAGAGCAUCAUGGUCCUCAACCGUCAGUUUGAGCAUGUGCAGAAUUUCAUCAAUUGGGCUGUCUGCAGCAAAACCAGCGUCCCUUUCCUUUUCAGCAAAGAGCUGAUUGUGUUUCAGAUGCAGCGAUUGCUGGAGACAAAUUGCAACACAGAUCCUGGCUCCCCUUGGAGUAUCCGAUUCACCUGGGAGCCUAACUUCUGGACCAAGCAACUGGCUUCCCUCGGCUGUAUAACUACUGAAGGUGGACAGCUAUCCCGGGCAGAUACUCCUGCUUAUGGAGGCUUACAGGGACCAUCCUCCUUUUAUCAAAGCCACCAGUCCCCAGUGGCUCAGCAAGAGGCUCUUAGCCACCACUCACACAAGUUCCAGUCUCCAGCACUGUGUUCCUCGUCCGUGUGCUGCUCCCACUGCUCCCCAGCCUCGCCCUCUCUCAAAGGCCAGGUACCCCCACCCAGCAUACACCCAGCCCACAGCUUUCGGCAGCCCUCUGAGAUGGUGCCCCAGCAGCUGGGGUCCCUGCAGUGCUCCACCCUGCUGCCCAGGGAGAAAGAGCUGCCCUGCAACCCUCAUCCACCAAAGCUGCUGCAGCCCUGGCUGGAGACCCAGCCCGCUGUGGAGCCGGAGGGCACACACCAGCGGCUGGGGCAUCAGCUGACCUCCCAGCCGGUGUGCAUCGUGCCCCCGCAGGAUGUUCAGCAAGGAGCCCAUGCCCAGCCUACCUUGCAGACACCCUCUAUCCAAGUCCAGUUCGGCCACCACCAGAAGCUGAAGCUCAGCCACUUUCAGCAACAGCCACAGCAGCAGCUGCCGCCUCUGCCGCCUCCGCCGCCUCCACCGCCUCCACCCCAGCCACAGCCACCCCCACCUCUCCCUCCAUCUCAGCACCUGGCUUCCGGUCAGCAUGAGAGCCCUCCUGGGCCCGCCUGUUCCCAGAAUGUGGACAUAAUGCACCACAAGUUUGAGCUGGAGGAAAUGCAGAAGGACCUGGAGCUUCUCCUUCAAGCUCAGCAGCCCAGCCUGCAACUGAGUCAGACCAAAUCACCCCAGCAUCUUCAGCAAACCAUCGUGGGGCAGAUCAAUUACAUCGUGAGGCAGCCGGCACCUGUCCAGUCCCAGAGCCAGGAGGACACUGUACAGGCUACAGAUGAGUCCCCGGCAUCGACAUCAGAAGUCCCAAAGCCAACUCUCUCUCUUGACAAGAACACUGCUGCUAAUUUGCCCCAGGCAUCUGGGGACGAAACCCCUCACAGUGUCCCCCCAUUGGACAGCACCAUCCAGCACUCCUCUCCAAAUGUGAUGAGAAAGCACUCUACUUCCGUGAGCAUUAUGGGUUUUUCCAACACUCUGGAGAUGGAGCUGUCCUCUACCAGGCUGGCGAGGGCCUUGGAGCCACAGAUCCAGAGUGUGGGCAGUCUGACAGCUGGGCCCCUGCAGGCAGCACCGAGCCUGCUGAGUGGCCCCCCAGCAACUGUGUCCAGCCUGACGAGUGGUCAUAACCAGGCCAUGCCCCGCCUGACCGUCAGUCACCUGCAGACUGUGCCCAGCCUUAUGCGUGGCACUCCCCAGUCCGUGCCCAACCUGAUGAGUGAUUCCCCUCAGGCCAUCACCAGCCUGGCGAGUGAUCACUCACAUGCUGGGCCCAACCUGAUUCCUGGUCCCGCGCAGGCCUUGCCAAGUCUGGCAGCUUGUCCUCUGCAGAGCGUGCCUCCGGCUUCUGACAUGCCGCCGGAAACGGGAUCCAGCUGUAGUCCUGGCUCUGGCCGAGCUGCAGGGAGCCUGUGCCCUGGAGAUCGGGCUGACGCCUCCCUGGGGAAUGCCCUGUGUAAGAUGGAAAGUGAGGAUUCCACCCGUUUUGCUGACUCUCUGGGACAAGGCCCCACAGCCCCUGGUCUGGAUGUUUCCAAGGACUUGGCUAUCCCCUCAGAACUGGAGGAGCCAAUCAACCUCUCUGUGAAAAAGCCACCGCUGGUUCCAGUGGUCAGCACAUCCAUGGCUCUGCAGCAGUACCAGGGCCCAAAAGAGUAUGAGAAUUUGGAACAUGGAGACCGAGAGCUGGAUGCAAAAGAGAACCAGAGCGUCAGGCCCUUCGCUAGUGAGCCCAAGAUCCCCUAUGUGCGCCUGGAACGACUCAAGAUCUGUGCUGCCUCCUCGGGAGAGAUGCCUGUGUUCAAGCUGAAGCCACAGAAGAAUGAUCAGGAUGGGAGCUUCCUGCUGAUCAUCGAGUGUGGCUCUGAAUCUUCCAGCAUGUCCAUUAAGGUUAGUCAGAACAACCUGCCCGAUGCCAUCCAGGCCCCAAGUCUGGGGGGAAGAAAGGUCACUGUCACAUCUCUGGCUGGGCAGCGGUCACCCGAGGUGGAGGGGGCAUCUCCUGAAGAACACAGACUCAUUCCUCGAGCCCCUGGAGCCAAGAAGGGACCCCCAGCACCAAUAGAGAAUGAGGACUUCUGUGCCGUGUGCCUCAAUGGGGGGGAGUUGCUGUGCUGCGACCGCUGCCCCAAAGUGUACCACCUUUCCUGCCACUUGCCAGCCUUGCUCAGCUUCCCAGGGGGAGACUGGGUGUGUACCUUGUGCCGCAGCCUGACCCAGCCCGAGAUGGAGUACGACUGUGAGAAUGCCCGCUAUAACCAGCCUGGAGUACGGACCCCUCCUGGCCUGAGCAUAUCUGACCAGAAGAAGUGUGAGAAGCUGGUACUGUCCUUGUGCUGCAAUAGCCUCAGCCUGCCUUUCCAUGAACCUGUCAGCCCGCUGGCCCGCCAUUACUACCAGAUUAUCAAGAGGCCUAUGGACCUGUCCAUCAUUCGGAGGAAGCUGCAGAAGAAGGACCCAGCUCACUACACCACUCCGGAGGAGGUGGUGUCGGACAUGCGCCUCAUGUUCUGGAACUGUGCGAAGUUCAACUAUCCCGAUUCUGAGGUGGCAGAGGCCGGGCGCUGCCUGGAAGUGUUCUUUGAGGGCUGGUUGAAGGAGAUCUACCCGGAGAGACAGUUUGCCCAGCCAAGGCAGGAGGACUCAGACUCCGAGGAGGUGUCUAGUGAGAGUGCGUGUUCCACUCCCCAGGGCUUCCCGUGGCCCCCCUACAUGCAGGAGGGCAUCCAACCCAAGAGGCGGCGGCGACACAUGGAGAAUGAAAGAACAAAAAGAAUGACGUUCCGCCUUGCCAACAGCAUCUCCCAGGUGUGAGAGCUGGAAGGAGACCGAACACUCUGGCAGAUGGCGCCCCAUCCUGUCGCCCACUUCUCCCCACCUUUCAGCUCAUUCUCUUCAGAUUGUGGAUGUGAGACAAGUUUUGUCGAGCUGUGUAGUGCCCUUCUUUGCCAUUUGCAUCUUCCAGCAUUUAUUUGGGAGCCAUAGUGCAUCCACUACAGAGAAUAUUUCAGUAAUAAACAGAAAAGGGGGAGGUGUUCUCUAUUACCAGAAUAAUCAGAUGUGUAGGGUCCACUUGACAAGACCAUGCCUGGUCAGGCUCAGGAGGACCUAAGUUCCUUGGUGAAUUCUUCCUGCUGAAGAAAGCAGACUUUCCACACCUUUCAGUGUGCAAGGCUCAGGAGCAAGGUAUAUAUCUGAACCCCUCUGGGGCUCAGAAGAGGGUAAAUAAAGGGAGAGAGGUUCUGACACAUGGCAGGCCUGUGAUCCCUGGUCCGGUACAGCCAAAGACUGUCACUGUUUGCCUUUGCCUGGCCUGCCGGGACAGAGGCACCUGCCCUGGGCAGGAUAAUGGAGGCUUUUAGAGGCCAGAGGUCUCGAAUUGGUGCCUAUUUGGGUUCUAACGGUUUUCAGGGUAUUUGUUUUUCGUGCCCCCUUUCUUGAUGCUGACUUGGGUGGCUGCUGUGAAAGUGCUCUGGAUGGUACAGCAUUUUUGACUGGGCUGGGUGGCUGUGCAGAGAGUACUUACAUCUUCAGGCUAAGAUUUCACUGAGCUUAAGAAGAUGUCAUCUUCAGAGCCAGCCCUCUAUGCCACUUUCUUUGGGCUAAUGGUAGCUCUUCUUUGGUGUCAGAACCUGCCUUCCUAGAAGUGAUUGUUGGUAGCUACCCCUUCAUUAUCUCCAUUUAGAGGUCUGGAUCCCAAGUUCUGCUUCAAAAGCUGUGAGGCAGCUGCUGCAGGUAGAGAGUUUCCUGGACAGGGAGAGUGCCCCACAGCCAGCUCACUCUGCUGGGCCUGUCCUCCUGCUUAGAGUGCCCAGUCUUCGCCCUGUCCAUGUCCACGGAGCCAAAGAUCAGAAGUGAGACCUCUGACGUGCCUGCCCUCAGGCUGUCCACAGCCCAGAAAAAGCCAAGACUCUUCUGGUAGCCCUGUUUUUGUUGGUGGUUGGAGAAAGCCGAGCAACUGGCAGGACCCAGACCUAAACGUUCAUGGGAAGUGCCGUGUAGGGUGGAGAGGGGGCAGACCGAGAGGCGAGAAGCCAGUGUCCUUCAGGAACUUCAGGACUUCUAGAAAGCAGAGAGAAGUGUUCUAGAAGCCACGGGAACAGGAACAGAGCUCCAGGCUGCAUCGCGAAUGGAUCUCAUGGUCUAUUCAGGCUGUUUGGGAGGAAGAAACAGGCAGACACUGUGAGUCCUGUCACCUUACCCACAAAGGCUUGGCUGACAAACAGCCUGGCGCUGAUGUCAUGGGGGUGGCCAUGGACCCAGCCCUUCAAUGGCCUGGUGACACAGCGAUCCCUGGUCCCGUCACUGACUAGCUAAUUUCAAUCGGGUCUUAAGUCAUGGCUUUAUUUCUGCUAAGAGCUGCAGCUUCGGGAAGUUCUCCUUGGCAGGGCCUUGGCUAAUGUGAACACUGUGAUCAGAGUAAAUGUUUCUCCUCUCCUUGUGAGGUGAUGGCCCUGCUCGUGUCCUUCUCCACCCAGGCUGGAGGAGCAUCUCCACUGCAAAGCAAACGGUGCCCAGGGACUUGCCAUUCUUUCACCAGCAUUUGCCAAGCUCUCCUAAGCGGGUGGGCUUCCAUAAUCCCGUUUUCUAGUUUGGGGUAACUACGUCUUUCAUAUGCCAGGAGCUGGCAGUCUUUGGACUUAGCCCUCUGUUCUUUGGGGCUUUCUGGUUUGGGCUGUGGCCACUCCCCUUUCCAUUUUUGAACCUUUUUCUCUGUGUGGGUUGGCUUUGCUGGGUCCCCCCCUGUAUUUACCUCACUAACUCCUGCUCUUGGUAAUCUUUCCUUUGCGUGGCCCACGUUCCAGCCUCCUCUGAGUGGGCUCCAUGGUGCUUUGUGUUGGGCAACCAGGUGAAGGCUGUGACUGGCUCAGAUUUGAUUGAGAUCCUUGCCCAGGACCAGUUGGAGGCCACAAAUAUGAAUCAGAAAUGCCUGGUUAGAUGCUUGGCUUCCCUUCUAUCAGUGAAGCUUCCAGCUUGGGUAUAGCCUGAUAGGGGCCCAGGGAUCAGCACGCUGGGCCAGAGGACCUCAGUGCUGUGGUAGAGUCACAUUUUCCCUUCCGAUCACAGAGACCCUGCAUGCUGAGAGGCUCCCUUCAGGCGCCUGAUUUGGGAGGGGCAGGAGGUCUGGGGUCCUUUCCUUCAAGGGUUCGAGGCCCUGGCCCAUCACACCAUCCCUACACUGCUUACCUAUAGCACUGCCCUCUCUCUGGUUUUUCCUGAAUGCUUAGCACCAAUGUUUUGAGUCAUGGUUAUGUUUUAUUUUGUUUUUGCAUGCAGAAAACAGAUCAUGACUUUUUAGAAUUUUUUUCUUCUUUUAAAGCUACUAGCUGCAUGAUUGACUUCAGUGGCUCUUUGAAAGCACUUGAGCUGAUCGAUCCUGCUUUUGAAUUAGUCUGAUAAUGGCCUCAUUUUGAAGUCAGUCAAGUCCUUUGACCCUUGACAAAGUCAGGAAACGGAGGUACUAUAA